CGGGGGGGGGCGCGCACCCCACGAGGGCAAAGGAGACCCUAGACCCGCACGACGGUCGCCCACGCAGGAGCGAGAGUUUGGAAGGGGCUGCUUUCUGCCCCCCUCCUCUCACUUUGCUCUAAAGAGAGAGCCUUCUGCCAGACCCAAAUAUCCUGCUGCACAAUCGCUUUCACUCUGAAAUUAAGGGUGGCCUCCUUGGGUGGUUUCAGCAGUGGUCCUGUCCUCUCAGAUUCCUGGCCAGGUCGGUUGUCAUGAUAACCCUUCCCCAGACUAGAGCACCCCAGUCUCCUCUCCCCUACCCCUUUGUAGUUUGGAGCCCCAAACCUCUUCUGUCCUCACCAGGAGGAGGUUGCUAAGGUAACCUAAGUCUCUCGUGGUCCUUCUGCCCCAUAAUCAGUUACUAUGGGAACCCCCACACCUUGCACUCAGGUAGGAAGAACCCCAGCCCCAAGGUCACUUGCCUCUAAGAAAAAUACUAUCUCUUCCCCAACCCCUCCUCCACAGCCACCUAGUUGGGAUUACCAUGGUAACCAUCAUUCCCUUUCCAUCAUGGGAGGUCCAUGGACCUAACCCACCAGGUGUUUUUAUCUAAAGGAGGGGAUUCUCUCCUGCAAAGCAGUUGCUGUGGUUACAGGAUCUGGACCAUAUGUGCAUGGGGGUAGGGGGUGAGAACAGGCAAACCCGAGCACUGGUUACUAUGAUAACAGGACAAACUCCCCUACCCUCUCCAGUGACCUUAGGAACUAAACUCACCAAGCAAGGUCGGGACAUUUUGGGAUUUUCUGUAGGAGGCAAUAUGUCUAGGGAAGGAGUUGUCAUGGUAACAAUACUAGCCCUACCUUUUCUGAGCACAUUCAGGAGAGAGGGAUGGUUAUAGGUUGGUAUGAAAACUGACAUCCCUCCUGCCCACCCCAUUCCACUCCUGAGAUGCCCCAGGUGGUGCCCAAGUUUAUAGGACUUCAAGAAAAAGGGUUCCCAGAGGGCGGGGAUUUACCUCACUGGUUUGGAUGCCUGCUGCGCAAACGCAAGGACCCGAUUCGAUCCCUAGUAGAAAAAAAAAAAGAAAAAGGGUUCCCUGACCUUGUAGGUGUCACUUUCUUGGGAACGAUGAAAUUGGGUUCUAUUGUGCCGAAUCAGCUAACUUGUGGUUUUCUGGUUUUCCUUCCCUCAGUGGAACAGCUGAGCUGGACUGGAACUGCCCUCCUGAAACUUCCCCAGCCUACAGCCUAGGAGGAUGCCCUGGUUGCCCAGCUAGGGCCUGGCCUCGGCCCCAUGCGGCUCACGCGCUGCCAGGUUGCCCAGGCUGCCCUGGCAGCCGCCAUCACCCUCAACCUCCUGGUCCUCUUCUACUUCUCAUGGCUGCAGCACCAGCCCAGGAACUUCCGGGCCCGCAGCCCCCGCCGGACAACCACUCCCGGUCCCCGCGUCACCGUCCUGGUGAGAGAGUUUGAGACCUUUGACAACGCAGUGCCAGAGCUUGUGGACUCCUUCCUGCAGCAAGACCCAGCCCAGCCCGUGGUGGUGGUGGCCGACACCCUCCCUUACCCACCUCUCGCCUUGCCCCGCAUCCCCAAUGUUCGCCUGGCCCUGCUCCAGCCCACCCUGGACCGGCCUGCCGCCGCCUCGCGCCCAGAGACCUACGUAGCCACCGAGUUCGUGGCCCUGGUGCCCGAUGGGGCUCGGGCCGAGUCACCAGGCCAGCUAGAGCGCAUGGUGGAGGCGCUGCGGGCAGGAGGCGCACGCCUGGUGGCCGCCCCAGUCGCUACUGCCAACCCUGCCCGCUGCCUAGCGUUAAAUGUCAGCCUGCGGGAGUGGACAGCCCACUACGUCCAGUUGCCCGCCACGCCCCGCUGCGACGCCCUGGAUGGCGACGCAGUGGUUCUGCUGCACACCCGAGACCUCUUCAACCUCUCGGCGCCGCUGGCACGGCCGCUGGGCAGCAGCCUCUUCCUGCAGACCGCCCUGCGUGGCUGGCCAGUCCAGCUGCUGGCCCUUCCCUUCGCCUCGGCCCGCCAGCCCCCGCUGGCCACGGCACACGCGCGCUGGAAGGCAGAGCGCGAGGGGCGAGCGAGGCGGGCAGCGCUGCUGCGCGCGCUGGGCAUCCGCCUGGUGAGCUGGCCAGGUGGGCGGCUCGAGUGGUUCGGCUGCAGCAAGGAGAGUGCACGCUGCUUCGGGACUGUGGUGGGCGACACGCCCGCCUACCUGUACGAGGGGCGCUGGACGCCUCCGUGCUGCCUGCGCGCGCUGCGCGAGACGGCGCGCUACGUGGUGGGCGUGCUGGAGGCCGCGGGCGUGCGCUACUGGCUGGAGGGCGGCUCGCUGCUGGGGGCAGCACGCCACGGCGACAUCAUCCCUUGGGACUACGACGUGGACCUGGGCAUCUACCUGGAGGACGUGGGCAACUGCGAGCAGCUGCGGGGGGCCGAGGCCGGCUCGGUGGUGGACGAGCGUGGCUUCGUGUGGGAGAAGGCCGUGGAGGGCGACUUCUUCCGCGUGCAGUACAGCGAGACGAACCACCUGCACGUGGACCUGUGGCCCUUCUACCCCCGCAACGGGGUCAUGACCAAGGACACAUGGCUGGACCACCGGCAAGACGUCGAGUUCCCCGAGCACUUCCUCCAGCCUCUAGUGCCCCUGCCCUUUGCCGGCUUUGUGGCUCAGGCCCCCAAUAACUACCGCCGCUUCUUGGAGCUCAAGUUCGGCCCUGGGGUCAUUGAGAACCCAGAAUACCCGAACCCCGCACUCCUGAGUUUGACAGGUGGCUGAAGCUCCGACGCCGGAACCUGGGGGCCCUGGGGUGAGGGGAACGUUCAGUACGGGGAGCUUCCUUUAUUUUCUGGGGUCUGUCUGGUUGUGGAAAAGCUUUAAUGGAGUGUGGGGUCCGUGUGCUGGAGACAAGAAGCCCUGGGAGGGAGCGAGAACCUGGCUCUUCCAGAAGGAACCAGGACCGGAAGCAACACCCAGAGAUUCCCCAGUGGUCCUGCCCACUGUGAGGGGCGGAUGUGACGGGACAUCCUGGGUCAUCCGAGUAACUGGCAGAGCUGCUGGCGUUUGGACAGGGGCAGGGAUGGCAGGCCGUCUUUGGGGGCCUGGCAAGUCCCAAACCUCCAAGAAGUGUCCGGUGCCCGGAUCUGGGACAGUUUGGGAAAGAGAGUAGGUUCUGGAUUCUGGCGCUACUACUUUGGGGGAGUGUCUCUGCCUCAGUUUCCUCCCCGAUUCCCAGGGCUGGGUAAGGCAAUAAGCUUGCCCGACCUUGGCUGCUGGGAUCGCGUGCUCCACUAGAGGGCGUGUCUGUCCCGCUCCUGGUGGCGGCCUGUGGCUGCCAGGGUUCCAUAACCAUCGCAUCUAUUCAGCCUUUGGUCUCAGAAGGACUGUGGGAGGUGGAGCAGCAGUGGCUGUCUCACCCUCUGCAGUGUGACUCCUUCCCUGCGGGACUGUGAGCUCCCGGAUUCUCUUAACCCAGACUUGCUGAGGAGGGAACAGCGCCUUGGGCUGUGGAUAAACGGGGUAUGGAUCCCAGCUCACUCCUUACCCUACCUCAGAGCUUCAGCUCUCAGCACCUGCGCCCCACUCGCCAGGAGGCCAACAGUAGCUCGGCUCACAGUGACGGAGCCCUUAUCUAUCAGGCACCAUGCCUCACUCAGUGUUAAACAGACUCACUGACUUGUCCUCACUUCACCCCUCUGAAGUGACAGCUGCUAUUGGUCCAUUUUGUAGCGGACAACUGAGGUGACGUCACUUGCCCAAGGGCAGAGAGCUUCAGAACUAGCAGAUCAGGGACUUGAACCCAAGCUGUCGGGCUCCAGAGUCCACACUUGACCUCCUCCCUACACCCCCUCUAGAAAUGGCACCCAGAGUGGCUGGGAGACUGCCAUUCCGUGGGUAAAUAGUAUUGGUCAUGUACUCCAGUGUGUUUCUGUUUAUAAAUUAUGCACAAAUACUGCUAUCAGUGUAUAAGAUUUAAGUUAUUACAUUUUAAAAUAAAAAGGGAAUAUAAAUAGAAGUUA